AUGUUAUCAUUUAGUCUUGGAAAUAAGUCAGCAGCAAAUGCUGUAUCAAAUGCUGUAUCAAAUGCUGUAUCAAAUGCUGUAUCAAAUGCUGUAUCAAAUGCUGUAUCAAAUGCUGUAUCAAAUGCUGUAUCAAAUGCUGUAUCAAAUGCUGUAUCAAAUGCUGUAUCAAAUGCUGUAUCAAAUGCUGUAUCAAAUGAUGUAUCAAAUGCUGUAUCAAAUGAUGUAUCAAAAUGGAGUACUAUUAUGCGUGUGAUCAAUAAGAAAACAGCUAACAUGAUAAUUAAAGUAAUGGACAAUGGAGUAAAAGUAAUUGACAAAGCAAAUGAUAAAGCAAUUGAUAAAGCAAUUGAUAAAGCAAGUGAUAAAGUAAUUGAUAAAGCAAGUGAUAAAGCUAUUGAUAAUGCAAUAGUCAAGGUAAUAAUUAAACGGAUUUAG